UCUGCAAUCUGCACUCUGCCCUCUGAACACAACAUUUCUUUCAUUUUUCCCCUUUUUUGCACCAAAAAAAUCACCCUUCAUUCACUCUCCCUCUCCAUUUCUCGUGACACUUUCCCCAUUUUUCUCUCUCUUCUCUCUCUCCUCUCUCUCUUAGACCCACAAAUCUGUUUUCCCACCAAAACCCUUCAGCAGCAGCAGCAGGCCCCUGAAAAACCCUCUCUCUCUCUCUUUUUUUAUGUCAUUUUCUUUGUUUUUCUCUUCUUCAUCUGAUUCUGAUCAAAGCGAUUGUGGGGGAAGUUUUUUUCAAAAAAGGGUAUCUAUAGCUUCUCCAGGUUCUAUGAUGCUCUCUUCUUAUUACCCCCUUUUUGGUUUCUUGUUUUGUUGUUUGCUUCUUCUUGGUCUUUAACCCAUUUCCCCUGUUUCUUUGAAUCCAUGGUUUUUUUCUUCUCUCUUUUUUGCCCUCCUGACAUUUGAGGGGGUUUUGUGUUUUCUUGUCCGGAAUGUUUCUGAAAUUACUCUGCUGGAGACUGGUUUUGGCUGUUUUUGCUUGAGGUUUUAUGGGUCUUUCAAUUUCAUGGGUUUUCUUGGAAACUCUCUGUUUAUUUGAAGUGGGUAAUGUGGGAAAGUGGGCUGGUUUGAUUUCUUGGUUGAAAUUUGAUUCUUGAUUUCUUUUCUUGUGUUGUGUCAUGGGUUUUUGCCCUGAAAUGUGAGGUGGGGGAAGAUCUGAAGGGGGUUUUGUGAAUCACUAGGAUUUUUAUGGCCUUUCUGUGUUAUGUCUCCAUUUUACUUGUUUUUGGGGUUCUCUCAAAUUUCCAAUCUGUGGGAGCUGAGGUUGAUGAUCAGAUUACCAUGUCUGCCAUUAGAGAGGAGCUUCAAGUUCCUGGGUGGAGCUCUAACAUCUCUGAUUACUGUUCUUGGAAAGGUGUACACUGUGGUUUGAAUCAUUCCUUGGUUGAAACUCUUGAUCUUUCUGGUCAUUCUCUUAGAGGUAAUCUUUCUCUGAUUUCUGAGCUCAAAGCCUUGAAAUGGCUUGACCUCUCCUACAAUGACUUCCAUGGCGAAAUCCCGUCGAGCUUUGAGAAGUUAUCAGAGCUCGAGUUUCUUGAUUUGUCUCUGAACAAGUUUGAAGGCCUGAUCCCUCCUCAGUUUGGUGGUCUCAAGAGCCUCAAAUCAUUGAAUCUUUCCAAUAAUAUUCUAGUGGGAGAAGUUCCAAAUGAGCUUCAGGGGUUAGAGAAGUUGGAGGGUUUUCAAAUUUCUAGUAACAGAUUGAAUGGUUCAAUUCCAAGUUGGGUUGGAAAUUUGACUCAUCUGAGAGUUUUUACAGCCUAUGAGAAUGACUUUGGGGGUGUGAUUCCUGAUAAUCUCGGCUCGGUUUCUGCACUCCAAGUGUUGAAUCUUCAUACCAACAAGCUCGAAGGCUCAAUUCCCCGAAGCAUUUUUGCUUUGGGGAAGCUAGAGAUUUUGGUUCUGACACAGAACAGAUUGACUGGGAAUCUUCCUGAAGAGAUUGGUAACUGCAAGAGCCUUACCAGCGUUCGGAUCGGGAACAACAAUCUUGUUGGUGUGAUUCCUCAGGCCAUUGGAAAUGUUAGUAGCCUUGCCUACUUUGAAGUGGAUAAUAAUCACCUUUCGGGCGAUAUAGCGUCGCAGUUUUCUCGGUGCUCUAAUCUUACUCUGCUGAAUCUAGCGUCAAAUGGAUUCACCGGGACAAUUCCUCCUGAGCUUGGAGAACUGAUGAAUCUGCAGGAGCUUAUUCUUUCAGGCAACAGCCUCUACGGUGAUAUCCCGAGAUCGAUGCUCGGGUGCAAGAACCUUAACAAGCUUGAUUUAAGCAGCAAUAGAUUCAAUGGUACUAUUCCAUCAGAUAUCUGCAAUAUAUCAAGAUUGCAGUACUUGCUUUUGGAACAGAAUUCAAUUAAAGGAGACAUACCUAAUGAGAUUGGAAAAUGUACAAAACUUCUUGACCUGAGACUCGGUAGUAACUACCUAACUGGAAACGUCCCUCCCGAGAUCGGUCACAUUAAGAACUUACAGAUAGCUUUGAACUUGAGCUCCAACCAUCUAAAUGGACCAGUGCCUCCAGAGUUGGGGAAACUUGACAAACUGGUUUCUUUAGAUUUAUCAAACAAUCAUCUCUCGGGCGAUAUCCCAUCCGAACUAAAGGGAAUGUUAAGCCUCAUAGAGGUGAAUUUUUCAAAUAAUCUGCUUACUGGUUCGAUACCGUCCUUUGUUCCAUUCCAGAAAAGUGCAAACUCCAGUUUUCUGGGGAACGAUGGCCUUUGUGGGGCGCCCCUAAGCAUCUUGUGUAGAAAUACAAUCGGUUCAUACAGUCAAGAUUACCAUCACAAGGUCUCAUACAAGAUCAUCCUGGCUGUUAUUGGUUCCGGGUUAGCAGUUUUCAUAUCGGUCACUAUAGUUGUUCUUCUUUUUGUGAUGAAAGAAAAGCAGGAAAAGGCAGCAAAAUCAUCCUGCACUACUGCAGAUGAUGCAACUAUCAACGAUCAGCCUACGAUAAUAGCAGGAAACGUCUUCGAUGACAACCUCCGACAGGAAAUAGAUCUCGACGUGGUUGUCAAAGCAACAUUGAAGGAUUCAAACAAGCUCAUAUUUGGCACUUUCAGUACCGUUUACAAGGUGGUAAUGCCUUCUGGUAUGAUCGUAUCGGUUAAGAGACUAAAAUCCAUGGACAAGACCAUCAUUCACCAUCAAAGCAAGAUGAUCAGAGAGCUUGAAAGGCUUGGAAAACUAAGCCAUGCCAAUCUUUUGCAGCUCAUUGGCUAUGUAAUAUAUGAAGAUGUGGCUCUCUUGCUUCAUAAUUACUUACCCAAUGGGACAUUGGCUCAGCUUCUUCAUGAGUCCACAAAAAAAGCUGAAUAUCAACCUGAUUGGCCCACAAGAUUCUCAAUUGCCAUUGGAGCAGCAGAAGGGCUGGCUUUUCUUCAUCAUGUGGCCAUAAUUCAUCUUGAUAUUUCAUCUUCUAAUGUUCUUUUGGAUGCCAAUUUCAAGCCUUUGGUUGGAGAGGUUGAGAUCUCAAAGCUUUUGGACCCAUCUAGAGGCACUGCAAGUAUCAGUGCAGUUGCUGGUUCAUUUGGCUACAUUCCACCAGAAUAUGCAUACACAAUGCAAGUUACAGCCCCAGGAAACGUUUAUAGCUAUGGUGUCGUCUUGCUUGAGAUCCUCACUACUAGACUGCCUGUUGAUGAGGAGUUUGGGGAAGGAGUAGACUUGGUGAAGUGGGUGCAUAGUGCUCCCUCGAGAGGAGAAACACCGGAGCAGAUACUCGAUUCCCGGCUGAGCACGGUGUCGUUUGCCUGGAGGAAAGAGAUGCUUGCAGCUCUCAAGAUUGCAUUGCUCUGCACUGAUAGCAUACCAGCCAAAAGGCCAAAAAUGAAGAAGGUGGUGGAAAUGCUUAUGGAGAUCAAGCAACAUUGACGGGUUCUCGACUUCCCCGAGUUUUCGCUGUUGUGAAACUUCUUUUCGAGAAACAACAAUCUGGAACGGAAAGACAAUUGGAAAUGGAGAUUGAAUUUGAGUCCUUCACUAAAUCAAUUGAUUCUGGUGAAGGUGGAAGUGGAGUGUUCAUACAAAAUUGUACAGUCUGGUUGUUUUGUGAUGAUCAAUCAGGAAUCAACCAGAUUUGUGUCAAGAAAAAGGAAAAAAAGAAAGUAUAUUACAUAAUGGUUAAUGUGUAAUCUGGUUUGAGUUGAAUACA